UCUCCUCCGCUGCCACCCGCUGCUGCCGGCGUCCACGCUGCACACAGCAAGGCUGGCAAAGCACACAGGCUAAGUGCUGAGGAGAAGGACCAGCUGCUGCUAGACCUGCGGGCCGUGGGUGGAACGAGCCAGAAGGCCCAGGGUUGUCACCUUCUAGCAGUUCCAUUCAAAGACUUCAGUAGGGCCUUUGGCUUCAUGACAAGAGUGGCUCUUCAGGCUGAGAAAUUGGACCACCAUCCUGAAUGGUUUAACAUUUGCGACAAGGCCCACAUCACCCUGAGCACUCAUGAGUGUGCGGGCCUUUCAGAACGGGACAUAAACCUGGCCAGCUUCAUCGAGCAAGUAGCAGUGUCCAUGACAUAGACCCUGCCCUUCCUCUCUGAGUUCUUCAGGGGAAAGGGGGGACUGAACUGGGGAUCCAGAGAGGGAACUGGGGAGCCCUGAGAUGUUGGUGCACGUCAAAACUGACAAGUGAUCCUGUUGCCUCCGUUUAGAGCAAGUCUCUGCAAUCGGAAAAGGCCAGUAUCACUGCCAACACCAUAACUUAGGCCACCUUUCCCCACGCCACUCUCGUCCUCCUUGGGGCUCUGUGACAUGUAUAUUGAUUUGCAUAAGUUCUUCCCUUUCUUUACAACUUCCCAGCAACAGUAAUGAUUUUCUUUCCUGGCUGUGUCUUGCUCUCUUUCUGAUUCAUUUCCCAAGAAGCUGUGAUAGAAGCUGUGUUUAAGAUAAAGUUUUAUCUUAGAAACCAGAACCCUAAAGCCAUCCUCAUCCUAUGUGACAGGACAUGCAUGUGCUUUUACGCCUCAAAUAAAAACACUGUUUCACUUGGAAAAAAAAAGAAUAUGGA